AUAUAAUAUAUACCUCCAGUUUCAUAUAUGAGCAGUUCGUGGUAUGAUCUCAACGCAGCUGGAAAUACUUUGAAAUCAGAAUCUGAUUUAAAGACUAAAAAUCAAUCAACUUCUAAUUUCUUUAUCAAGCUGAUAGAUUUAAAUAUGGAUUCAAAACCAGUUGACUCUUUUUUUAAACCUAUAAAGUCAUGUCUUGAGUUGACAGUAUUACAAGGUAAAGACCUUCAAGCUAUGGAUCCUUCUGGAAAAGCUGAUCCUUACUGUGUUAUAAAAUUUGGGACAAUUGAGCAUACUACAGAAAUUCAGUAUCGAACUUUAAACCCGGUUUGGAAUCAAAAAUUUUUAUUUGAAGUUGAUAAUAUCCCCCAGUCUGCAUUUGCUUUUCCACUAUCAACAGUUAAUUCAAAUGGAUCACUUCAGCUAUCACAAGUUCCACUAUGUGAACUGUUAUACUAUAUAUAUAUUGAUUUAUGGGAUAAAGAUACUUUAAACAGAGAUGAUUAUAUAGGACGUGUAAUAUUACCAAUAUCAACUAUUCCUUAUGGAACUAUAAAAAGGUGGUAUCCAAUUGGUAGAACACCUGCAUCUCCUUCUGCUUCUGGCAAAAUAGAAUUAUCUUUGACUUUAAAAGCAUUGGAUGAAACACAAACAUAUACUCGUUGGUGUAUUGAUGAACUUUUAAUGCGGGAUGGAGAAAAGUUAUUAAAUUUUCAAUUACCACUGCUGUCAGGAAAUCAAACUGUUUUAUAUCCUGGUGACUUUGAACAUGUUGAGCUGGUUAUUGAUGAUGUUUUGGUGGAAAUUAGUGGCCAUAGGGGUCUUGGACGUAUUUAUUUAACAGAUUUUCGCUUAGUUGUUCUUUGUACAAGCUCAAGUUCAACCAAUCUUGCAAAAACCUCUGAUUUGUCUUUAUGGAUCCCUUUAAAUCUAAUUGUCAGUGUAGAGAGAGGUGAUGAGUUAAAGGUCAUUCGUAAGACUGAAGCAGGCAAUGCAGGGAUAUCAGAUGUAAAAACAUUGAUAAUAAAAUGUGAAGAUUUUCGCACUGUUCGAUUUACAUUUUUGAAAUCAAAACCGAAUGUUCACACAUACCUUGAAACAAAGUUGCACACAAUGGAUGAGGUAAAGCAACUAGAAGAUGAUAUUGAAAAUUUCGUUGAUCGAACUGCCAGCUUGACAUGCAAAACAGAUUUUACAAAUGUUUUUCGCAAAUUGUCUGUAUCAAAAAAAGAAGAAUUAUUGCUAUCAGAUAAUAAAUUAAAAAGUGGUUGCGUUUCUCGUAUGUUUCAUAUAUUUCACAAGAGACUAAAAUUCAUAGUUUGGAAUUCAAACAAGUUAAUUCCCUGUAAAAGCUUUUUAAGUAAUCAACCUGAUUUUCAAUUGGAUGGAUGGAAUUUUUACAAACCAGAAGCAGAAUUUAAACGACAAGGGAUAUCGGAAUUAUGGAAACUGUCUAAGUUAAAUGGAGAUUAUAGUGUUUCAUCAUCGUAUCCUUGUCAUCUUUAUGUUCCAUCAGUUGUCAAGGAAGAAGAUAUUAUCGAGUCAGCAACAUUUAGGUCAAAGGGAAGAAUUCCAGUACUUACAUGGUUUAAUAAUCAGCGUAAAACAUUCAUGAUGAGAUGUUCUCAACCCAAGUUUGGUGCUAUGGGAAAGUUUAGUGUAGCUGAUGAAAAUAUUGUCCAAGCUGCAAAAAAUGCAAGUCCUGUAAAGCGCUUAGUUAUUUUUGAUGCACGAUCAAUGCUUGCAGCUGGUGGAAACAGACUAAAGGGUAAAGGUACAGAGGAUAUAGUGAAUCGCUACCAUGGUUUGAAACUUUUGUUUCUUGAUAUUGCCAACAUACAUGCAAUGAGAGAGAGUAUUGAUAAACUUCAAACAGUAUGCGAGUCAGCUCAAGACAGUAAGUGGAUGUCACAACUUGAAUCUACACAGUGGAUGUUACAUAUAAGAUCUGUACUCAAGGGUGCUACAUUGAUUGCUCAUUAUUUAUCAGAAAAGAAUGUCUCUGUUCUUUUGCAUUGUUCAGAUGGUUGGGACAGAACUCCUCAGUUAUCUGCUUUAGCACAAGUCCUUCUGGAUUCUUAUUAUCGAACAUUUGAUGGAUUUAAAGUACUUGUUAUGAAAGAUUGGAUUUCUUUUGGUCAUCGGUUCAGUGAUCGCCUUGGGGAUCCUUUAGCACCAACUCAGAGAUCACCAAUAUUUUUGCAGUUUCUUGAUUGUGUUUGUCAGGUUGUCUGUCAGUUCCCUGAAGCAUUUCAGUUUAACAUGAAGUAUUUAGUUCGAAUUGCAGAGCAUAUUAACUCAGGAUGGUUUGGUGAUUUUCUCUGUAAUUCAAUUCGUGAGCGUGAACACGAAAACAUUAUGAGAACCACUGUAUCAAUUUGGGCACACUUGGAUGCAGCAAAAGAGGAGUUUACAAAUAAAUUAUAUCAAAAAAGUGAAGAAGUUUUGUUUCCUGUCUGUAGCUUAAGGCGUCUUCAUUUUUGGCAAGAGUAUUAUCUUCGAUUUGAUGAUGUAGCUUUUUCACCAGGUCUUGGUACGUGGGAUGAUAUUGAUGCUUCAAAAGAUUUUGAUGAUUCCUUAAUUCCUACCAACACAGUUGUUUGGGUUCCAGAUGAGCGAGUACGUGAAUGUCAUGAUUGCAAGCAAAAGUUCACAGGAAUUAGAAGAAAACACCAUUGCAGAGCUUGUGGUCAAGUAUUUUGUGGUAGUUGCACGCGUCAUCGUAUAAAACUCCCAUUCCUUGGCUAUAACUUACCAGAAAGAGUUUGUGAUGGAUGUUGGUUGAACACGUCAAAAUCUGGCAAAGAAGAGGAGGUAUGAGAGACUGGUUGAAGACUAUGAAAUUAUAACAUCAGACAUUACACAACGGUGCGUUUAACUUCAAACAUUACAUACUGACAUAUUUAACGUCAGACACUACAUACCGAUGUAUUUAACUACAAGGCAAUUAAACUGCAUGAAGAUGUAUAUAUUUUUUGAUUUGAUAUAGUUUCAUUUGUAAUUAUUUUCAUAGAAAACUUUAUUAAAUAUCUAUUUUA